UUUCAAGUUUCUCGCCGCGCAGUUUGGUUUGGUUUUCUUUUUUUGCUUCUGUGUUUUUUUCCCCUCCGCCCAAGGUGUGGUUCCACAAGCGGCAGGAGCCUGGCACAGCCCGCGAGCGCGGCCGCCCCCCCGGGGAAGCACCCACUGUCCGCGCUGUAAACAGCGGGGAAUGCGCGGGCUCGGGGGCGAGGCGGUGCCGGGGGCUGCGGAGCGGGGCCGCCCUCCUCAGCCCGCCCCGAGCAGGUGAGGCGGGGAGCCGAGGCUGUGCGGGCGGGUCCCCGGCUUGCGCCCGCCCUGCGCUCCCUCGGCCGCCGGCAUGGACGGCACCGCUCGGCCGGCGGCCGCCCCGCCACCCUCCGGAAGAAAAUCUAAAGCACCACCUCCUCCAUCUGAAACAAAAUCCAUUGCUGUUACUCCAUUUGAUAACACAGAGCCAACCAACCUCAUAAUGGAACAGAAGGAGAAUGUAAUUGAUAAAGAUAUUGAAUUAUCAGUGGUCUUGCCGGGAGAUGUGAUCAAGUAUACUACAGUUAACGGGAGGAAGCCCAUGAUGGACUUGCUGAUCUUUCUCUGUGCACAGUAUCAUUUAAAUCCAUCAAGUUAUACCAUAGAGUUGGUAUCAGCAGAAAAUAGCCAGAUUAAAUUCAAACCCAACACACCAGUGGGAAUGCUUGAAGUGGAAAAGGUGAUUGUAAAGCCAAAACAAAUGGAUAAGAAGAAACCUGCUCCAGUUAUACCAGAGCAAACGGUAAGGGUAGUGAUAAACUACAAGAAGACACAGAAGACAGUUGUAAGAGUUAGUCCACAUUCACCCCUUCAAGAACUCAUACCAAUUAUCUGUAACAAAUGUGAGUUUGAUCCUUCACACACCCUGCUGCUGAAGAGUUACCAGUCUCAAGAACCCCUUGAUGUGACAAAAUCUCUUAAUGACCUUGGACUAAGAGAACUAUAUGCCAUGGAUAUCAGUCAAGCCACUUCACCAGCUGAUUUAAAUUUACCAUCUUUUCAAGGAUCUUACCAAUCUGAAAACAUAGAUAUUCUGAAGGAGAAAGAAAACAAAGGAUUUUUYAGUUUUUUUCAACGAAACAAGAAGAAAAGGGAACAAGCUGCCAGUGCCCCAGCAACUCCAYUGAUGAGCAAGCCAAGGCCAGCAUUCAUCACGAGAUCUAACACAGUCAGCAAGCAGUACGACUCCAACACUCUGCCAGCUGAAAUGCCCAAGAAACGGAGAGCUCCUUUGCCACCUAUGCCAAACUCUCAGAGUGCUCCCCAGGAACUCGCACGAGCCCAAGUCAGGCCUACGUCUGAUAUUGUGAAAUCCAACAGUUUUGAUAGGAAUCAACAGGCCCCGAUGGGAUUGGUACGGAARGGUUCCCUGCCGCUCAGUGACACUGCUUCCGUGAACUCUUCCCUGCGCAGGAUGAAGCGCAAGGCGCCCUCACCACCCUCUAGAGCACCAGAAGAUCAAAGUGAAGGCAGUAAUGAGCCUGUAACAGAGUCAGCAGAGUCAGCCUCUACUAAAGCGGAAGGAAAAGCCACUGAAAUGCAGCCUGAAACAGAUGCAAGGACCUCAGAAUACAACCUGGAAGAAAUUGAUGAAAGGGAAGAGAUAAGCGUGCAACAGAGAGAGGACAGUGAAAGUCCUCAGUCACCCUCCGRGACAGGGGAGGUUACUGCAGCCCUCAGCUCUGCCGAGGUUCCACUGGAAAAUGACAAAAACGAUGCUGCUUCACCAGCUCCUGUGCCUGGCAGUGUUUCYGUAGACAACUCGCAAAGCUUCAAGGAAGAAAAACAAGAAAAUAUGAGCACAGAUGGCAAAGGAUUCCAGACUAAGAUAAGCAGUGAGGAUGCUGGAUUUCAAACAGAUAUGAAGCUUAACAUUUUAGCUCAAAAUAAAACUGAUGAUCACAGUGAUACAAAACUCCUUCCAACAACGGAAGAAGGAAAGGAAUUUCAGACAGCYGAAAUUAAAACGGUAGAUUUUAGAGAAAAUAACAAGCUUGAAGUUGACAGACUAUCAAACUGCCAGGCAUGUAAAAAUGACAUCUCUGUAAGUCAUAGGAAUUAUCCUCAACUGAUUUCAGAAAAGCAAGAUGACAAAACAAAUCAAACCAGCUUGGACACAGUGAAGACUCAGGAUGUUGGAAUUCAGACUUUUGAUAGCAAUUUGGAAAGAACUGCACAGAAGGGAAUUAUUGUUCCUCAGGAUGUUGAAUCAUCCACAUUCAGAGAAUUGGUCCCUCAACGCAACACAGAUACAAACAACCCCGUUCUUCAAGUGAUGCAUGGCAUGCAUCAAGAGAGUAAAGAUACUUCAGUAGAACAAAAUYUUGAGACACAAGAAGUUACCCAUGACAAAACAAAUCCAGUAAAAGACCAAAGUCACACGAGUAUAAAUGGUAAUAAUUUUGCUUCACCAGAAACAACUGCAGAAACUCCAGAUGAGUCUCCUCUAAAAGGUUACCCUUUUUAUAGACAGGACACCAAACCUAAACCCAAGCCUGCUAAUGAAAUUACAAGGGAUUACAUACCAAAAAUUGGGAUGACUACUUACAAAAUAGUGCCUCCAAAAUUCUUAGGAGUAAUGAAGAGCUGGGAAUCAGAAGUUCCAUCAGAUCAAAAGGAUCAAGAGGUAUCUACUGUGGAAGACCCCAAAGAAUUUGUACUGCAAACUGAAAUUCCUCAUCUCUCAAAAAGUGUGGGUCAUUUACAGGUUGGUUCACAAAAUGAAGCUGCAGCAACAAAUGAUCUGCUGCAGAGAGUGAACAGUGUUUCUGAACAUACUGUGACCUCUGGAGCUGAGAUUACUACCGAGAACAGCCAGAUGGAAAGAGAGUCUUCCAAGCAGCGUGUCCCACUGAUGCUAAGCUUGGAUAAUACAAAUGCUUCUUCUGAGACUCAGGACAAGUCAAAUGCAUUAAGUCCAUUAAGUCCUACAACAAAACCUAGUUCUUUUUAUAUGCAGAUGCAACGAAGAGCUUCAGGUCACUAUGUGACAUCUGCAGUUGCCAGAAGUACAGUUUGUGCUCCUAAUUCAGUKCAAAAUGAAGUUAAGAAUACAGAAAUGGAUAAAAAAGUCUCAUCACCUGAUUUGACUUCUUUGGCUUUACAUAAAACAAGUAUUCCCUCUCCUCCAGCAGAUCAAGAAAAGGUUGAUGAUGGAAAAACCAUUGAAUCUUCCACUUCUCCUGUUAAAAGCAAUAAGCCUAUAAUUUUUCCCUCCUGUCCUCCAGCACCGUUGAAUCUAAGAACUCUAAGAACUUUUGCAGUUCCAAAGCCAUACUCCAGUUCAAGACCAUCCCCUUUUGCUCUUGCUGUCUCAUCUGCAGUCAAAAGGUCACAAUCCUUCAAUAAGACACGUACGAUCCCUAGCCAGGCACCGAGAGAGGAAUUCCCAGUAGAGCUUUCCUCUGCCCCCUCGGCAGCUGGAUUCUCCUCAGCUACCUCCAUGCCUGAAGUGAAAAGCCCUUCCUUGCAGACUGUAACAGCAGGGCCACAAAACAGUCCAAUGGAUAAGAAAAGCAGCCAUGUGAAUAGUGAGCAGAAGAGUCAGGCGCAGUCAGGUGCUUCCCCUGACCACCCACRCCCUGUCACCAAGAGACAAACCGCGAUGACGCUCCCGCGCGCUGACCCCGAACAGAUCCACCAGAGCCUGCUGGCUGCAAUCCGCUCUGGAGAAGCUGCUGCCAAAUUGAAAAGGGUUGGUCCUCCAUCAAACACCAUUGCUGUCAAUGGAAGAGCCAGGCUUAAUCCUUUGUAUUCCACAGAAGCUAAGGCUAAUCCCUAGACAUUAUACCAAAUAUUUUGCACUUUACUACUGCUUCAUAGGCCAACUAAAUACUAACUACAAAUUUUUGAAAGUGUAAAUGCAAGUAUAUGUUAAUAUAUUUUUUCAACGGUUAUAAGAAUUUCAAGCUGGGUUUUUGAUGCCUUGAAAAGAUUGAUAGAAUAUGUAAAUUAUGGUAAUAUUUUGCCUUUUUCUCUCUAUUAAGCUGACUAUGCUGCUAAAAAGUUUUAAGAUGAGGUGCAGGUAAGCUUUGCUUAGAAUGAGAAUUGAAGGUUCUUGAUUUUAGCCUUCAAGACUGAACAAUAURUAACACUGUGCUGAAAUUACAGAUUGGAAGCGACCUAAAAGUUUUAGACCACAUCAUUAAUUUUCAAUUUUGUAUUACUUUAACAGAUUGUAUGGACUUAAAUCUACCACAUGCUGCCUCCAUGUUACUUUAUUAAAUUAAAAUUGUAAUUAGUAGAAUAUCUUACUUCAAUGCAAUACUUUGUUUCUGUCUAAAAAAAAUACAUGUUUUUGUUCCUUUAGCAGUCAGUAAUUGGGAUAUAUAUUUAGAUUGGUUUUGUUUUUUUUAAUCUCCUGUAACUUCUUUCCUGGUAGCACACACACACACACACACACACACACAUAAAAUCAGGACAGAAAUCAUUGGAAAUUUUUGUACUACUCAAAACCUUUUCUUAACAGUAGCACUACAUGAUGUUUCUCAACUACUCUUUAGAUAUCUGUAUAUAGUAUUUACCUUACACUGAGAUAAGCAGUACUUUUURUGAACUAAUUAUAUCUUUAAAUAGAUCAACAUAUAGUCACUUAAUAAUACAAUACAAAUUCCAGUUUUGAUAGUGAAAUAGAAGAAUAUUUUUUUCACUGGAAGCAUAACUAAAAAUUGAACUGCUUUGGACUUAUUUAUGUAAAAUAUUUUAAUCUUAAAACAGCACAAUAACACAUAAAUCAUGCUUGUGUCAGAGAUCAUCUAUUUAUAGAUUAGCAUUAAAUACCAAAAUGGAAAUAUGUAUUAAAAGAAAAUAUUUCAUGUUAUAUUUUAUCUAUUUUGAGUUUCUUGUCAAGAUUAUACAUUUUGGGGAGGGGAUGGAAAUAUGAUCACACUCUUGAUGAAACAAAUACAUUAUGGAUGCAUGCAGCCUGUGCUGGGGUAUUUGCCAUAGUAAAAUAUUUUCUUGCUGGACUUGRGUUAAAAUUAAGCAAUUGUAUUUAGUUUCUAUUCUUUAACUAUAUAUAUAUAUUGUACUUUAGAAACAUAAUGUAAUUCAGUUUCAGAAACUGAUCUAUAUGUGCAUUUUCAAAUUGUUUGCUGCCAGGUUUUUGUGCAAUAAUCUUGAAGAAGUCUAAUUAUCUUCCUAGUACAGAGUCAAUUGCUGAUUACAAGUUACAGUGAUAACUUAAUGYUGAAACCCUUUAAGGAAUAUUUUAGUAAAUAAAAAUUCAUUAAGAGGGCUGAUGAACACUUUCAUUGCUGUUCUCUCCUGUAUCUUGGUCCCCUGUCAUUGUGUGUUACCACUUCCAUCUCCUCCUUGUUCUUGCCCCCAACCAAGGGCUCGCUCCAAGGGUGGGGGGAACUCACAUGGUGGUUCAAAAGAUCUGUUUCAGGGUCUGUCUGUGAAAUCAAACUUCAACCUUCACUUGUAAACAGUGAGAUAGAAGUUUCCAACUUCCAACUGGGCCUUACAUUUUAGAUUUCAUUGUGUUUUGAAGGACGGACUUGAAAAUUGUAACUUGCCCUCUGGAUUCUAGAGUCUGUGCUCAUUGUGAUAUUUGAAGUCUGUUUUAAGCAUCUCUGUACAACAUGCUGAUCUGUAACUGCCAGAGAGAGGGUGCACUGUGAGAGACUCUUCCUUGUACUGAGUGUGUGGGGGUUGCAGGGUUUUUUCCAAACGUUGGUGUUCUCUGCCACAGUGACCAGAGUUAUUUAAUAAAAUUAUUUGAAUCUCCAUCUCUGCUAAUACAAAUAKAUAUGAUGUUUCACUUUUUCAAAGAAAGCAACUGAGUCCAAUUAUUCUUGUUGUGGGGAAAGUUCWAAAACCYGUACUUUGUUCUUUUCUUUGGUUUUGACUACAAAACUGUACUACUAUAUGUUUCUUAGUCYCAUAUGUUAAACUGUCUUUUCAUGUGAACUCCUGAAGGCAAAUACCGUCUUUUGUAACAGAUUAAAACUAAAAACACCUUGCUUAAAUUUUAGGGUUUCUUCACAGUGUAACUGAACUUGCUUGAUAACUAAAUGAAAUGUCUACCCAUGCUAUAGUACUGUGAAACUCUUCAGUGGGAAUUUUUGUUACUAGCUGGCAGUAUUGUUUCGCAAAACUUUCUCUUCCCCUGUUUUUUGAACAUGUAUAUGUAAGACUUUUUAAAAUCUUGCUGUUGUAUUUCUAUAGAUGCUUUUUUUCUUACACUUUUUUAUUAAAUUCUACUAGAGAAACUCUUGUUGAUGAACUUUAA